UUGUUCCAUCAGAAGUCAUUACAGAGACUGUUUUUAACUUUCACUCUAACUACGAUAAACAACUGGAAUUGUUCUCCUUGCAAAUACCAAGAGACUAAACAAUAACAAGGAGAUACCAUCCAAACGGUAAAUUGUAAGUGCAGCUGUUAAAAGUGAAGGUUGUACAUUUGAUCAAAGUUUAAUGCCUGUAGUCUAGUUUCUGGAUAAUCUACAAUGGCGACGCCUGCUUCUGUCCCUGAGCUGCUGCUGGACACUCUGGAUAACUUGGUCUCAAAUGAGCUGAAGAGAUUUCAGUAUCUACUGACUAAGAAGAUGUUAGAUGGCCGGUUUCCCAUUCCUAAGAGCUGUCUGGAGAACGCUGGCAGGGAGGACACUGUGGAGGAGAUGUUGAAAGUCUACAGCCAUGAAGGAGCGGUGAAGAUCUCAAUGGAUAUCCUGAGGGCGAUGAACCAGAAUGAUCUUGUUAAGACGCUGGAGGGAGGCACUCUAGAAGAGGUGCCAGCACUGAAAAAGACUUUGUUUGAUCAAAGGGAAGAACUAAAAUCCAACUUGGAGAGUCUUCGAAAUAAUCAAGAAACCUACAAAAGCAUGGAGGUCCACAUUAAGAAGCAACGUGCGGACACGGAGAGGCAGAUGAGGGAGCAGUUUGAAAAGUUCCACCAGUUUCUGAGAGAGGAAGAAGAGGCCAGACUGGCUGCGCUUAGGGAGGAAGAGGAGCAGAAGGGGAAGGCUAUCGCCAGCGAGAUGGAGAGAAUUCUCAAGCAGAUCUCUUCUCUUGAACAGGACCUGCAGAAAGACGACCGCACAUUCCUCAUGAGCUACAAAUACACCCAGAACAGCACACUGCCGGGUACACAGCAGAUCUCAGGAGUGCUUAUCGACAUGGCCAAACACCUGGGUAACCUGCAGUUCAGAGUGUGGGAGAAGAUGAAGGAGAUAGUCCAAUACACUCCUGUGAUUCUGAACCCCAACACUGCAAACCGCUGGCUCUCUGUGUCUGAUGAUCUGACCAGUGUGAGAUUUAAUAACAUAGGUCAGCAAAUCACUGACAACCCAGAGAGGUUCACACGGUAUGCCAAGGUUUUGGGCUCAGAGGGCUUUAGCUCAGGGAAGCACAUCUGGGAUGUGGAGGUGGGGGACCAUCCUGAGUGGAAUCUGGGCGUAGCUAAAGAGACCAUUGAAAGGAAGGGGGAGAUUCUUGCUUCACCAGGUUAUGGAAUCUGGGCUAUACUGAACAGGAAUGGUGUGUAUCAAAGUGGAAAGGGUGAGUCCCUUGCUUUUGAGAAGCUGAAGAGGAUCCGAGUGCAGCUGGACUUCACCAGUGGGGAGGUGUCCUUCUACGACCCCAAAGAUAUGACACACAUCUAUACUCAUAAAGACAAGUUUACUGAGAGACUGUACCCAUACUUUCUUGUUGGACUGGCUGUUGGUGCCAACAACCCUGAUAUACAUAUCUGCCAAUCAGAGGUGUCUCUGUCAGUAAUGGCAUCUCAGUGAGGCAAGUGAUCACAUCUUACGAUUGAAACUUAUAAAAAUGAAUUCAAAGGAUAGAAUCUUAUACAGAAAAAAAUACCAUUUGGAAUAAUGAUUUGAAAUAAUGCCUUGAACAGAACAGUAAUUGAAGCCUGUUUUUAUCAAAAAAAGAAAAUUUUGACUAUCAAUUAUGCUCAGCUAAUCCCCCUCUGUGAGACGUGAUGUUAAUCGUAGGGGCUCGAUUCAAUCCAUUUUGCUGAAGUUCAGUGGUAUAUGAAAUGUAAAGGUAAUUUCCAAGUAGCCCGGCAUGUGCAGCUUUUACCAUGAAUGCAGUCUCCGCGAACGUGGAAACAUUGCCUUUAAAUUUCAAUCACGCUAUAGAGCUGAACUUCAGCGAUACGGAUUGAAUCAAGCCCUAGUUCUGAUGUGAAUAAAGUUGAUUUCAAACAUUU